CACCCCGCUGUGAUCGCGCACCGCCGCCCGCGCGCUCCCGCAGCCCAUCCUCCGGAAUCCCCGGGUCUCACCUCUCCCGUACAGCUCUGGGGGACACACACACUGACCGGUACACCGGGCCAUGGAGAGGGCAGGCCGCUGGGCGAACACCUGAGAGGAGGAGGGAGAGGCUGUGCUCGGGGCUCACCAUGAAUCUCCACCAGGUGCUGACCGGAGCCGUCAACCCCGGAGAUAACUGCUACUCGGUGGGCAGCGUCCAGGACAUCCCCUUCACGGCAUAUGGAUCGGGCUGUGAUAUUGUCAUACUAGCAAGUGAUUUUGAGUGUGUUCAGAUAAUUCCCGGUGCUAAACAUGGAAAUAUCCAGGUUAGCUGUGUGGAAUGUUCCCAGCAACAAGGCCGGAUUGCUGCAUCAUAUGGUAACACCGUUUGCAUUUUUGAACCUCUCGGUACAGUUAACUCUCAUAAACGAAACAGUCAGCUUAAAUAUCAGUGGCUUAGGACAGGCCAGUUUUUCCUUAGCUCGGUGACUUACAACUUGGCAUGGGACCCUCAAGGUAACAGACUAUUGACAGCCACUGAAUACUUGAAGUUAUGGGAACCCCCUUCUAGUGACAUUCUAGAAGAGGAAGAGGAUGAUAUUGACAGAAACCUUGUAGAGGAUAAAGUUCAACCUGCCUUGAAUGACUGGAACUGUAUCUGGCAAUGCAAGACUGCUGUGCCUGUGCUUUUGAUGAAGUGGUCCCCAGAUGGUGAAUACUUUGCAACUGCAGGGAAGGAUGAUUGUCUCCUAAAAGUCUGGUAUCCUCUUUCUGGGUGGAAAUCAUCAUUUUUGCUGGGUGAAAGUCAAGAUAAAAAAGUGGGUGUCAACUUUUCAUUUGUAUACCUUGCUCAUCCUCGGGCAGUGGUUGGAUUUUCAUGGAGAAAUACAAGCAGAUUUAUGCCAAGGGGCUCGGUGUGCAAUGUGUUGCUUACAUCUUGUCAGGAUGGCAUUUGCCGCCUUUGGGCAGAAACCCUUUUGCCGGAGGAUAGCCUUCUUGGUGGACAAAUAAUUGAGCAUGGCAGUUCCAGUAGUAGCUUGUCCUUUACUGGAAAGCAAAAAAACAAAAUUGAGCAUGCUCUUGAGACAAUUCAUCACCUGAAACAUUUGAGAAGAGGUAGAAGACGGUCUUCUGUUCUAGCUGCUCACACAGAAUUGGUACCAAGUCAGCCAAGCCAGCUGGAAUCCCACAGGCACAUCUCACAUCAUGCCAAUUCCCUUUGUCACUUUCAUAUAGCAGCGAGUAUAAAUCCCAACACAGAUAUUCCAUCUGUUUUGGCCGGCGUAGCGUUUAACCUGGACGAAGGUUUUGGAAGCUUUGUAGUUCACUGGCUUGAUAACAAGGAAUUGCAUUUUACGUCAUCCAUUGAAAUAUUUAUACAGCAUUUGAAAACUAUUGUGGAGCAGCAGUCGGACAGUGGAGAUGAUGAGGAAGAUGAAGAUGGUUUGCAAAUGAAGCUGGACAAUGGUGAGCCGGAGGGCGGAGGAUCUUUGACCGGUUCUCCUGAACAUGAGGAAGCGGAGAAAGAUUUGAGUACUAAAGCUUCAUCACCGGGUGCUACCCUGCCUCUACCAACCGUAUUAUUAGACCGGAAAAUUGAAUCCCUUCUCACCGAAUGGAACAAGAGCGCAGAUAUGCUUUUCACUAUUCACCCUGUAGAUGGUACUUUUCUGUUGUGGCAUGUGAAUUACUUGGAUGAGUACAAUCCAGGAAUCUUUAGACAAGUUCAGGUUUCUUUUUCUUCACGGAUUCCUGUUGCUUUUCCAUCGGGGGAUGCCAGCUCUCUUAGCAAAAACAUAAUGAUGUAUGCUUGCACUACCUCUGCUAGGGAAACUGCUUCCACUAUACUGCAGCAGAAAAUGACAGCAAGUGACCUAAGUUUAAAUACAUCCAAAACGCUUCCAAAUGUCAGUGUGACGGCUUCAACUGUUAUGAUGGUCUCCAAGCAUAUUGAUGGCUCGUUGAAUCAGUGGGCAGUUACCUUUGCUGAUAAAUCGGCUUUUUCUUCAGUACUCACUGUGUCACACAAGUUUCGAUAUUGUGGCCACAGAUUCCAUCUCAAUGACUUGGCUUGUCAUUCUGUGCUGCCCUUGCUUUUAACCUCUUCACAUCACAAUGUGUUGGUGACACCAGACUCUGAAUUCAAUCCCUGGGAUGUGGAUAGAAGUAGUAAAGUAAUAGAUCCCAUUAAGAAUGUCAAAGGUUUCCCUAGGCAGCCUUUUAGAAAUGCUGCAACUCAGACAUUCCAUGACCCAAAUGCAAUUUAUAGUGAGCUAAUAUUAUGGCGUGUUGAUCCAAUUGGACCCUUAUCAUACAGUGGAGGAGUCUCUGAACUAGCACGUAUAAACUCUCUUCGCACUUCUGCCUUCUGCAAUGUAGCCUGGCUUCCAACGCUUAUUCCAAGUUAUUGUCUCGGCACAUACUGCAACUCUGCCAGUGCCUGCUUUGUUGCCUCUGAUGGGACCAAUCUGAGAUUAUAUCAAGCAGUUGUCGAUGCCAGAAAGCUACUGGAUGAGCUUUCAGAUCCCGAGUCCUCUAAACUCAUUGGUGAAGUCUUUAAUAUUGUAAGCCAACAGUCUACGGCUCGCCCUGGCUGUAUCAUUGAGCUUGAUGCUAUAACAAACAAGUGUGGAUCAAGAACACAGCUGCUUCAUGUUUUUCAAGAAGACUUCAUUUUAGGAUACAAGCCACAUAAAGCUAAUUUGAAAGCAAAGGAAACCGAGGUUUUCUUCCAACCAUCUCAAGGUUACCGUCCACCGCCUUUUUCAGAAAAGUUCUUCCUUGUUGUAAUAGAAAAAGAUGCACACAACCGUUCAGUCCUAAACAUGUGGCAUCUUCAUUUAAAGUCUGUUCAAGCAUGUGUUGCAAAGCCUGUCGAAGCAACCCCAUCCCAAAAUCUGCUCACCAUUCCUGGGCAAACAAAUGUAGAGUCCUCUCCAGAGACAUCUCCUGGAACCAGCCCCAUGACACGCUCCGCUUCAAUUGCUAAUCUUCAGACUGCCAGCAAACUGAUUCUGAGUUCCAAGCUUGUUUAUAGCCAGCCACUGGAUAUACCAAGUGGUGUAGAAGUAAUAAGGGCAACGCCCUCGGCAGGUCAUCUCAGCUCUUCUUCAAUUUACCCAGUGUGCCUUGCACCAUACUUAGUAGUUACUACCUGCUCAGAUAACAAAGUGCGAUUCUGGAAAUGCAAUGUUCAAACAUUUCAAGAUUGUGUAAGUAACGAGGAACAGCAAAGCUUUUACUGGAAGGAAUGGUCAUUGAUGAAUGAAGGGCGAGAGGAAAGCAGCAGUACCAUACCUGUGGCAGGAAAGCCGGUUGCAGUGAGCUGUUCUUAUACAGGAAGACUUGCUGUGGCUUACAAGCAGCCUAUUCAACAUAAUGGCUAUGUCUCCAAAGAGUUUUCUAUGCAUGUGUGUCUCUUUGAAUGUGAAUCCACAGGAGGAUCAGAAUGGGUCUUGGAACAAACAAUUCAUCUUGAUGAUUUGUUAAAAGUUGGCAGCAUGCUUGACCCUCAUGUGAGCGUUGAUAGUAAUUUGUUUGUCUAUUUUAAAUCAGAUGUAUUUUUAAACACAGACAAACAUCUGGUUCCCAACAUCAAGCAUUUAGUGCAUUUGGAUUGGGUUUCAAAGGAGGAUGGCUCUCAUAUACUAACAGUCGGAGUUGGUUCUAAUAUUUUUAUGUAUGGACGACUUUCGGGUAUUGUUACUGAUCAGACCAACAGCAAGGAUGGCAUUGCUGUCAUCACUUUACCACUAGGUGGUAGUAUAAAACAAGGCAUAAAAUCCAAAUGGGUGCUACUCAGAUCAAUUGACUUGGUGUCAUCUGUAGACGGGACACCUUCAUUGCCUGUAUCUUUGUCCUGGGUCAGAGAUGGAAUUUUAGUUGUUGGAAUGGAUUGUGAAAUGCAUGUAUAUGCCCAGUGGAAACACAACCUGAAGUCUAGCAACAGUGAAAUUGUGAUCUGUGAAGACAAUGCAACACAGUCUGAAUCAGCCCAAAUCUCUAAGAAGACCAGCGUAAUUGACGGGGCAGCUAUUGUAGAUGAUGUCUUCGGUAGUCCUACUGUGAUUCAAGAUGGAGGUCUUUUUGAGGCUGCUCACGUGCUUUCUCCAACCCUUCCACAAUAUCAUCCAACACAACUGCUAGAGCUCAUGGACUUGGGAAAAGUUAGAAGAGCAAAAGCCAUCCUUUCUCAUUUAGUCAAAUGCAUUGCUGGGGAGGUGGCAAUUGUUAAAGAUUUAGAUGCUGGAGAUGAGGGAGCUCCAAAACGCCACCUGUCACGGACAAUUAGCGUUAGUGGCAGCACGGCGAAGGACAUGAUUAUCACUGGAAAAGAUGGCACACGAGAUUACACAGAGAUCGACUCCAUACCACCAUUACCUCUCUAUGCUCUGCUUGCUGCAGAUAAAGAUACUGGAUAUUCUGCUCCUGGAGAAACCACAAAAAUGUCCCAGACCUCAAAGCUUAGUUUUGAUAGUAAAGUCGGUGACCAGUAUUCUGACUUGUUUCAGGUGCAGAAUGUAACAACGGAUGACUUCAUUGGUUUUGAAACUGAGAAAAGAGAAGGUAAAUCCAAAGUGAUCAACCUUUCUCAGUAUGGCCCUGCUUACUUUGGCCGUGAGCAUGCCAGCGUACUCUCAAGCCAUCUCAUGCACUCUAGUUUACCUGGCCUGACACGAUUGGAGCAGAUGUUCCUGGUGGCUCUUGCUGAUACAGUGGCCAUAACCAGCACAGAGCUUGGUGAAAGCAGAGAUAACAACUAUUCAGGAGGUGACAAUCUUGAUGAGUGUGGCUUAAGGUACCUGUUGGCCAUGCGACUGCACACAUGUCUUCUAACAUCCCUGCCUCCACUGUAUCGUAUUCAGCUGCUUCAUCAAGGGUUAUCAACAUGUCACUUUGCAUGGGCUUUUCACUCGGAGGCCGAAGAAGAAUUAAUCAACAUGAUUCCAGCCAUUCAAAAAGGUGAUCCACAGUGGUCUGAGCUUAGAGCAAUGGGAAUUGGUUGGUGGGUGAGGAAUAUAAACACUCUCCGCAGAUGCAUAGAAAAGGUUGGUAAAGCAGCUUUCCAAAGAAACAAUGAGCCACUAGAUGCUGCAAUUUUCUACCUUGCAAUGAAAAAGAAAGCUGUUCUCUGGGGCUUAUUCAGGUCACAGCAUGAUGAAAAGAUGACUCAGUUCUUCAGUCAUAAUUUUAAGGAGGACCGCUGGAGGAAAGCAGCGCUGAAGAAUGCCUUCUCAUUACUUGGCAAGCAACGAUUUGAACAAUCUGCAGCUUUCUUUUUACUAGCUGGCUCUCUAAAGGAUGCUAUUGAGGUGUGCUUAGAGAAAAUGGAAGACAUUCAGCUAGCAAUGGUCAUUGCCAGACUGUAUGAGUCAGAGUUCGAUACCUCUUCUACACACGAGUCCCUUCUAUAUGAGAGAGUGCUGGGAUGUCAGAAAGACGGAUCAGGUUUCUGCUGUACAAAACUUCAUCCCGAUCCAUUCCUGAGAAGCAUUGCUUAUUGGAUCAUGAAGGACUAUACAAAGGCCCUGGACACGUUGUUGGAGCAAACGCCUAAAGAGGACGAUGAAAACCCUGUCCUCAUCAAAUCGUGCAACCCUGUGGUCUUCAGUUUUUACAACUACCUUCGGACUCAUCCUCUGCUAAUCCGCCGGCAUUUUAAUACCCCGGAAGCUACUUUUGUAACAGCCAGCUUGAAAACUGACAAAAACCAUGUGGAUGAAAUAAAUCUAAUUGAAAGGAAAUUAUUUUUUACCACUGCUAAUGCUCAUUUCAAAGUGGGGUGCCCUGUGCUUGCUUUAGAAGUGCUCUCCAAGAUUCCAAAACUAACCAAAUCAGCAGCGAACUAUGAGGAUCUGUUGAGCUUCAGUUCUGUUGGACAGGAUAGUAUACAUUCCAUAGGCAAAGUAAACUAUUUGGAAGAAUUAAGUGAACCAGGUUGGAUCACUCCAGCUUCAGCGGCAGCAAAAGAUUCUUUAGCUGAUUUUGACUGGGGUGCACCAGUAGUAAAAAUUGAGGAUGAACCUCUUCAGCUGGAUUGGGAAGAAGACAAAGGGAGUGAUGAAGAUAAUGGGGGAUUAGUUUUAAAGAAUUUGAACUUGGACCACAAAAUUCAAAGCCUUAAAGAUGUCAGUUCAGAAACGCCAACAGUGGACAAUUUAGCACAGACUGGAAGUGAACCGGAUGUAAUUGCUGAACAGCUAAAAUUUCGAGCAUGCCUAAAAAUUCUUAUGACUGAGCUAAGAACGCUGGCUACAGGGCAUGAAGUUGAUGGUGGAAAAUUGAGGUUUCAGCUUUACAACUGGCUGGAGAAGGAAAUUGCUGCGAUGCACAAAAUAUUUAACCAUGAAGCUGACAGCAAGGAUUUCACCAUUGAAACUCCACCUCCUGUAGAUAGUUUGGAUACCCAAGAAAUGUCUGAAAAAAGUGAUAUUGGAUCAUAUGAACGUCACCAAAUAGAACGUCGCAGAUUACAAGCUAAGAGGGAACAUGCUGAAAAACGGAAAUGGUGGCUGCAAAAAAACCAAGCUCUUCUAAGAGUAUUUCUAAGCUACUGCAGUUUACAUGGUGCACAAGGUGGCGGCUUAGCCUCUGUAAGAAUGGAGCUAAAAUUUUUGUUGCAAGAAUCUCAGCAGGAAACAACUGUAAAGCAGCUUCAGUCACCUCUCCCACUGCCUACAACUCUCCCAUUACUAUCUGCGAGCAUUGCUGUGACAAAGACUGUGAUUGCCAACCCUGUGCUCUUCCUGAAUAAUCAUAUUCAUGAUAUUCUUUAUACCAUUGUUCAGAUGAAUGCUCCACAUCCUGACAACCAGGAUCCAAAGGUCUCCACUCUUCACUUGCUAGCUGCUUCACUCUCCGCAUCUAUAUAUCAAGCACUCUGUGACAGUCACAGCUACAGCAGUCAAGUAGAAGCAAAUCAGUUUACGGGAAUGGUUUAUCAAGGACUUCUUUUAAGUGAACGAAGACGGCUUAGGACCGAGAGCAUUGAAGAACAUGCUUCUCCAAAUUCACCUCCUGCCUCCUGGCCAGGUGUUAGUUCCCUUAUAAACCUACUAAACACAGCUCAGGAUGAAGACCAGCCCAAGCUCAAUGUCAUGUUGUGUGAAGCUGUUGUUGCAGUCUAUGUGAGCUUGUUGAUACAUGCCCUCGCUACUGACUCUAGCACAGAAUUGUUUCGAUUGGCUGCCCAUCCUCUCAAUGGCCGAAUGUGGGCAGCUGUUUUUGGAGGUGGAGUCAAGCUUGUUGUAAAACCAAGAAAACCACCAGAGAGCAUUCCAGGUAGGGAGCAACAAAAAACCCAGUGUGCUCUCACUUUUCCAAAUGAAGAACAACCCACAUCAGACACUGCUAUGCUAAACAUUAAAGGCAAUGCUUCUGUUAUUGAUAUGGGACAAGAGUCUCAACUGUGUGCUAUACCUGUUUUAUCAGAAGAAAUAGAUAAGCAUCGUCGUCGCUUUAACAUGAGGAUGCUGGUGCCUGGUAGACCAGUUAAAGAUGUGGUUGUUCCACCCCCAGUUCCUGCUGAGAGACCAACAUACAAGGAGAAGUUCAUUCCUCCAGAACUAAGCAUGUGGGACUAUUUUGUGGCAAAACCAUUCCUUCCUCUGUCUGACAGUGGGGUUAUUUAUGACUCAGAUGAAAGUAUUCCAAGUGAUGAUGAUGAGGAUGAUGAUGCAUUUCUCUCUGAUACACAAAUACAAGAGCACACAAAUUCUAGUUCUUACAGCUGGACCCUUGUACGACUAGCAAUGGUGAAGCUUGCGGUUCAUAAUCUUAAGAAUUUCUUUCCAAUCGCUGGACUGGAAUUAACAGAGCUACCUGUUAAGUCCCCGCUUGGUAUUGCUGUUGUCAAAAACCUAGAAAAGUGGGAACAGAUUCUGCAUGAGAGAAUGGACCAGUUUGGGGGCCCACCUCCUAAUUAUAUAAACACUCUUCCAACUGAGCUGGCUGUGGGUGCAGGACCUGCUAUUCUUCGGCAUAAAGCAAUGUUGGAUCCUGAAAAUACACCAUUUAAGUCCAAAGAUUAUUCUGCAUUUCCUUUGAAACGUCUUUGGCAUUACCUGGUCAAACAAGAUAUUCUGCAGGACUCCCUUAUAAAAUAUAUCUUUACAAAGAAGAGAAAGCAGAGUGAGUCUGUAGAAGACAAUGCGGAGCGUUUCAGAGUAGUUUCCGUAACCGAUCUUCAGAAAAAGGUUGAAGCUGAUCUAGGUUACCCAGGUGGAAAAGCAAAGAUCAUUCACAAGGAGUCAGAUAUUAUAAUGGCUUUUGCUGUCAACAAGGCGAACUGUAAUGAGAUUGUCCUUGCCUCUACACAUGAUGUACAAGAACUUGAUGUGUCGGCCCUCCUUGCUGCACAGCCCUAUGUGUGGAUUGGGGAAGAAUAUGACAGAGAAUCUAAAAGUUCUGAUGACCUUGAUUUCAGAGGAUCAACCACUGCCAUUCAUCAGACAGGUGUAGCUACUUUUAACAUUGAAAAAAUGCAAGCCUCUUCAUCCAUGCCUUGGCUUGGAAGUGGACAGACAAGCACCGGAGCUGGCAUUCUGAUAAAAAGGAAUCUGAAUAAUGUCAAAAGAAUGGCUUCACACCCUGUCCACCAGUACUAUCUCACUGGUGCUCAGGAUGGCAGUGUUCGUAUGUUUGAAUGGAAUCGACCACAACAACUUUUAUGUUUCCGCCAAGCUGGCAAUGCUCGGGUAACCAGAUUAUACUUUAACUCCCAAGGCAACAAGUGUGGUGUUGCAGAUGGAGAAGGAUUUUUAAGCAUUUGGCAAGUAAACCAAACAACCUCUAAUCCAAAACCUUAUUUGAGUUGGCAGUGCCAUAGUAAAACGACGAGUGACUUUGCCUUUAUUACCUCAUCUAGCUUGGUGGCAACAUCAGGGCAAUCAAAUGAUAACAGAAAUGUUUGCCUCUGGGACACGUUAAUAUCACCUAGUAACAGUCUUGUCCAUGCAUUCAAUUGCCAUGAUAAUGGAGCCACAGUACUUCAGUAUGCAACAAAACAACAGCUCCUUAUUACUGGUGGCAGAAAAGGAUUCAUCUGUAUCUUUGACAUUCGACAAAGACAAAUGCUUCAUACUUUCCAGGCUCAUGAUUCAGCAGUUAAAGCUCUGGCACUGGACAACUCUGAAGAAUGCUUUGUUACUGGCUCAGCGGAGGGUAACAUGAAGGUGUGGAAGUUGACGGGCCAUGGUCUGAUUCACUCUUUUAAGAACGAGCAUGCCAAGCAAUCCUUAUUCCGUAAUAUUGGCGCAGGUGUGAUGCAGAUAGAAGUAGGCAAAAACACACGUAUCUUCUCCUGUGGAGCAGAUGGCACUCUGAAAAUGAGGGUGUUGCCUAAUGCUUUGAAGACCCAAUCUGGCAUAUUUGAUAUUCUUUAAGCUGUUACAUUACAGACCAGUCUCCCACUGCUGCAACACUUGUAGGAAGAGUUAGCAAGGAGCUAGAAACUUUAGAAUACCAGUGUAAAGGCUGCUUACUAUGGAACCAGGUUUAAUGCUGCUGUAAAAGAUAGAUAAUCAUGUCUGUCUUCUUGGUUAAGGACAGUAGGAUGGUGCAAAUGAAGAAAUUGCUGACAAGCCUAUACUGCCUUGGCAGAUGCUACUGAAAUUGCUGGCAUCGCUUAGAUGUAUUGUUUAAAUGCUACAAUUUAUUUUGUGUUCAGAAAUUCCUUCAGUGCUGAAACUUAAUGGAUAGCAGUCUGCUGGCUAUAAAACUGCCAGAAACAAAGGGAAUCUAUGGAUUCAGAAAGGGAUCCAGUGGCUUUAAGAAGUUUACAAACACCUCUGAUUUAAUUUUAAAUGCCUGCAUGUAAUGUGCAAUGAUACGCCACUCAGCACUGGAGCAUCACUGGGGCCAAGUGCACAUACACAAAAAAAAAAGAAUAACUUCAGAAUCUACUCUUAUUUCGUAAUUCGCAAUGAUCCUAUAAUCACUAACGGACAAAGUUAGAGCGGCUUUUUUUUUUAUUAUUAUUUACGUUUGUAACUGUUUACAUUUAUUCCAACAUUUGCUUCCAAUUUUGAAACUUGUACCUUAAGAAAGCAUGUCUAUAUUUUCCUUGCAUUCGGUAAUAAAUGAAGGCAAUGUGUGUACGUACUGUCACAUUCGAUACAAAAUAUAUGGAAGCUGGUUUUAGGAAUUUCAAGAAGUGAGAGGAAGUCAUUAAUUUCCUUGGCGGGUAUCUUUAUAUUGUCAAUUUUUUCAAUUGAUUUUAUUUAUUUUAUGUUUUGUUGUUUCAUCAUUGUAAUUUGCACAUCAUUUUAACUGCAGUGUUUACUUUACACUUGACUUUUGCACAUUACCACUUUGACCACCUGACAAUAUGGCUUUAGGUCUUGUUUUUAUUUAAUAAAACCUGUGUUGGUUGUAGUGAAUUUGAACAUAUUUCCUGAAUUCAUGCAUUGUUGAUUUUUUUUUUUCAAUACACUUUGGGGUUUGAUCAAAUUCUGCUGGACACCCAAUCUGUCAUUGAGUAAGAUGCACCCAAAUAUGGCCACUGCUCGGACAGGUUCCACAGCACCAUGUUUUAAAAUGAAUGUUUGGCUUCCUGUGGCCAGAUAGUGAAUAGUAAAAAAAAAAACUAAAUUAUUACACAGCAUAUGUAUAACUAUGCAGCGUUAAAUAUUGUUGGCUUGUAAAAUACUAGGCAGUGUUGUCUUAUUUUGAUGUAAUUCACUGUUGUAAACAUACAUAAUGUUAAUAAGCUACCCAAGACUGUCUGUGUAUUUAACUGUUUUCCUUUGACUUGUCUAAUUAUUUUUAAUGCAAAAGUGUGUGUGUGUGUUGUACUGUAAAUUAUAAUUGCAUUUCAUGCACCUUUCUCUGAUGACAUUGCCUUCUUUGAGGACAAUUUAAACGUAUGUAUAGGAAAGAGAGAAUUGUUGUUAGUUUUACCUUUGUAACUUAAAUAAACCCCUUUUAUUUCAUGGAAA